AUGCUACCCACCUCGCGCACCGACGCCGACAAGAGGUCCCACUAUACGCAAAUCAAUCUCGACCAGCAGGCACCAUCCUCCGCGACGAGCGCUACCUACGUCGCUUCCGGAUACUCUUCUGCAGCAUCGUCUCCGCAUCAUUCGUCUCAAGACACCCCUGCGCCGUACCGCAAACGCUACAUUGACAGCCACGACACGCUGCUCCCCACCCAUUCGCCUCCUACCACAUCCUACCUGAGCCAGGACUCGCCAAGAAGGAUGGACAGCCCAAAUUCCAACAGUCGCCGCUUCGCUGCCGGUUUCGACCCAUACUCGUCCGGCGCUACAGACAGCACAGGCGUCUACGACUCGGCUUCCGACUCAGCGGCACUCAAAGCAAGAGAGGCCGGGUAUGCACCACCUCAACUACAGCAGGGCAGCGCAAAGGUCAACAAGUACGCGCACCUCAUUCCCGUCCACAAGCAGCGCACCGCCAACCUCGACCUCGCUAUCUGGGCGUUGCGUCAGGAAGAAGUCAUUGGUCUCAUCUACACCAUCCUCUCCCUCAUCACUCGACUCUAUGGAAUCGGCAGGAGCAAUGUCGUCGUUUGGGACGAGGCGCAUUUCGGCAAAUUCGGCUCUCACUACCUGCAGCAGGAGUUCUACUUCGACGUGCAUCCUCCUCUCGGCAAGAUGCUCGUAGGUCUCGCCGGCCUCAUCAGCGGCUACCGUGGUCAAUUCGAAUUCAAAUCGGGAGAGACGUAUCCUGCCGACGUCAACUACAUUGGCAUGCGAAUCAUCCUCGCCAUGUUUGGUGUCGCCAUGGUCCCGCUUGCCUGGUUCACCAGCGGCGGUCUCAACUGGAACUGGCGCGCUCGCCACCUCUUGACGUUGAUGGUGUUGCUCGACAACGGCUGGCUCGUCAUUUCGCGCUUCAUCCUGCUUGACUCGAUGCUCCUCUGCUUCACCUUCACCACCGUCCACGGUCUCGUCAAGUUCUUGCAGUACAAGACAGCGCCAUUCACUAAAGGAUGGUGGUUCUGGCUCGCUUUCACCGGCGCUUCCAUUGGCUGCGUUUCUUCGGUCAAGUGGGUCGGUCUCUUCGUCACUGCCCUUGUCGGUGCCUUUACCGUCGAGGAUCUGUGGGAGAAGUUUGGCGACCUUCGCAUGCCCGUUCGCGCCUACGCUCGUCACUGGUGCGCACGCAUCCUCUGCCUCAUCUUCCUGCCCAUGACCAUCUACAUGCUCAGCUUCAAGGCGCACUUUUUGAUCCUCAGCCGCUCCGGCCCAGGCGAUGCACAGAUGAGCAGUCUCUUCCAGAGCCACCUCCGCGGCAACGAUUUUGCACUCUCGCCUCCCGAAGCUGCCUUUGGAUCCAAGAUCACGCUCAAGAACAUGGGCUACGGAGGAGGCUUGCUUCACUCGCACGUUCAGACCUAUCCCGUUGGAUCGCAGCAGCAGCAGGUCACUUGCUACCACUACCGUGACAACAACAACGAAUUCGUCAUCACGCCACCCUGGGGCGAAAAGCAGCUGCCCGGCGUCAACGACACAGACGCCUCCGAGCCGCCUCGCAUGCUCAAGAACAACGACAUCAUCCGCCUUGUCCACGACCAGACCAAGCGCAACAUUCACUCACAUAAUGUCGCCGCACCCGUCACCAAAGAGAACCUCGAAGUGUCGGCGUACGGAGACGCUGAAACCGGCGAUGACAACGAUCACUGGGUCGUAGAGGUGGUGGACGACAUUGUGCACGGCAAGGUCGCUCAUGGCGGAACUGUUCGAUCGUUGACCACCCGCAUGAGGCUGAGGCACAAGAACAUCGGCUGCUACCUGCGUGCUGCUAACGCUGUCUUGCCGCAGUGGGGCUGGAAGCAGGUCGAAGUGUCUUGCGACAAGGAGAACAACCCCAAGGACCAGCACACCUGGUGGAACAUUGAGAACCACUGGAACCACCUGCUGCCUCCUGGGGACGAGACAUCCUACAGGUCGCCUUUCCUGCGCGACUUUAUCCACCUCAACGUCGCCAUGAUGACGUCGAACAACGCACUGAUCCCCGACGCUGACAAGGAGGACAUCCUGGCGAGCAAGCCGUUCGACUGGCCUUUCCUCUGGAACGGUCUCCGAAUGAAUUCGUGGGACGACAACUCGAUCAAAUUCUACCUGCUCGGCAACCCGGUCAUCUGGUUCGCCUCGUCGCUCUCCCUGCUCGCCUUCGCGGCCACCUGGCUUUGGUACAUGAUGCGACGUCAGCGCCGCAUCCAGGACCUCUCCCCGCAAGAUUGGGCGCAUUUCCUCUACGUCGGCAAGCUCGCCGCUUUCGGCUGGGGACUUCACUACCUUCCCUUCCUUGUCAUGGCCCGUGUGUGCUACCUGCACCACUACCUGCCCAUCCUCUACUUUGCCGUGCUCAUGCUGGUCCACCUCAUGGACCACUUCCUGUGGCGACCCACCACGGCCAUGUACUACUUUGGCGCCAAGCAGCGCAAGCCGCUUACGGAAGCGGUGAAGAACGCCGCCUUUGUCGUCAGCGUCGUCGCCGUCGCGGGCGCCUUCUGGUGGUUCAAGGACAACAGCUAUGGCUUCAGGGGCGAUAUCAACAAGCAUAAGGGGUUGAAGUGGAGGAAGAGUUGGAACAUCUACUGA